AUGUCGUGGUAUCUUUUUGCGACCAGAGUCAGCAGUGGUGUUUAUGGAUCAAGUGUACAACCAAUUCCACCAUUCCAAAUAAGUCCACUACGCCCUGUUGAAUCUGUUAACGUAUGUAGUCGAAAACGUGGCGCUGGAAAAAAAGUUGCAAAGAAGCUCAUCAUUGAUAAGGAUACUCGAAUAACAAGUUCUCAAAUGCGUUGGAAUAUGUUACACAGUGAACAAACUAUUGGAAGACGAAAUGAUAUCCUUGCUGAGUCGCGAUCACGCAGUCAAGUACAGUAUCUCCUUUCGAAACUUUCCGAAUUUUGGGUCCGUCAACGUCGUGUAUGUGAGGUAGCUUUAAAACAAAAAAUAUCAAACGGGGAAAUAAAAGAUGAUCUGGAGGAAGAUGAAUUAUUUCGAAUCCCAUCUAUGAAUGAAUCAUCGUCAUCAAUGGGAACGAGUACAGUCAGGGAAGAUAAUGACGCUUCCAUUGAAAUUCAUCGUUUCGCCAGGGAUACUUCUCUAGUCGCACCAGAUUCUUUACUCCGUGGUUUAAUUGAUAUAUCGAUUAAUCAAACGAGCAGUAUUGGUGAAUCAUUUGCACAAAUGAGAGAUAGCUUACAAAAGACCAGGGAACAGUUUGCGGCUAAUAUCGCUGCAAACCUUCAGAAUAAUGCUGCUUGUGAAUCAACUCCGCUGAAUUUACCUGUUCAUCAUACAGGUACUUCACAAUCACAAUCUACAACACUAGUCCCUGUAUUGGAAGAAUUUGAAGAGCAGGUGCAACAACCGAAAGAGAUUGGUCAGCUUCCUGCUGCUCCUGAGUUGACUGAAGCACCACCUAAAGCAGGUCCUUCUCAUGUUCCUCCGUCACCUCCGAAAUUGAUAAAACCUUUAUCUGGUAAAUCACGACUUUGGAGAUAUAUACAAGGUCAAUUGGUUGAUUUAAGCCGUGAUUCAAUUUACUUCGAAGAACUGUGUCCUGCAGGAUCGACGAAAAAAGAGGCGGCAUUCGCAUUUAUGUCAUUAUUGGAAUUCGCUAAGAAACGAUGGGUUGUUUUAUCACAAACGGAGGAGUUUGGCCAGAUAACUAUACGAUUGCCGAGCCAGUGA